UAACUGCUCGAAAGAAACUCAUAAAAUCUCGUGACAAUGACAAACAACAGGGAAGGAAAUUCCUAAUUGCUGUUGUUCAUAUGAUAAUAUUUUGAGCAUUUCUCGUUCCAUUUGCAAAUAAAUUCCGUUUAACUCGAAUCAGUUUCGCCAGGAAGCUGACAUAAGUGAGAUGGAUAUUCCAGUGGUAUUUACGCUGUCAUCUCUUUACAUACUGGCCAUCCUUUGCUGCUGUUCACAAGGCCAAUCUCCACCUUAUGAGGCAGAGUGUGUUGAAGGAAAGUACCUCCCUCCAUCCAGCCGCAGAGUUAAGGAGUAUGUGGUUAAUCUAGACCUGCCUGGUAAAGAACGAUGGAAACAUGUGGCCACUGAGAAGAAGCAAGAAAUUAAGAAUAUUCUUGCCGCCUUCAAGAAGUACAUAUAUGACUUUGGAGGAAUUGCUGCUGAGAUUUGGUACCUCAUAGACCUGUUAGGGCCAGCAAUAGUGGACGUAUUACCACAGCCUUUCCAGGAUGAAAUACGCGGGAUAUCAGAUGUGACAGGCAUAGAAAUAGGGGAGGUAACUCUCUACAAUAUAUUCUAUGAGAUCUUCACAGUUUGCACGUCCAUUGUGGCCCAGGACAGCAACGGUACACUGUAUCAUGCCCGGAAUCUGGACUUUGGUCUCUUCAUGGGAUGGGACCCUAAGAACCGUACCUGGGUGAUUACAGAGUUGUUACGACCAGCCAUUGUAAAUCUGGACUUUCAGCGGGGCGGCAAAACUGUGUUUAAGUCUGUUAACUAUGCUGGAUAUGUUGGCAUCCUGACAGCGAUCUCUCCAGGAAAAUUCACCUUGACUAUGAAUGAAAGAUUUACACUAGAUGGAGGAUAUAUUGGUAUAAUCGAUCUGAUACUGACUGGGAAGGGCACAUGGAUGGGUUUCCUUACCCGGGCGACCAUGGAGAAAGCCCAAAGUUUUGAGGAAGCCAAGACCAUGCUGACAAGUACGCAGAUGAUCGCCCCAGCCUACUUUAUCCUGGCUGGAAACACAUCAGGGCAGGCAUGUGUGAUAACUCGUAACCGUGAGGUGAAUGGGACCGACACGUGGUGGAUGAAGGAGGCCGGGGGCUGGUACAUUCUGGAGACAAACUAUGACCACUGGUCCAAACCGCUGUUUGUUGACGACAGAAGAACCCCAGCAAACAAAUGCAUGAAGAAGCUCACUCAGAAGGGUGUUGGCAUACCAGGCAUUUUCAAUGUAUUGUCAUCUAGACCAGUUCUAAACAAAUUGACAACGUACACAGCCCUGAUGCAAGUAAACCAAGGACACAUUGAGACAUGGCUCCAGUACUGCCCUGACCCUUGUUUUCCCUGGUGAACCCUUUGACAAGGUCAAGGUCACAUGGAUGCGUUUAGGUGGCUCACUUCAAGAAACAAGCAUGGAGUUAAUUCUGCCUACAGACCAUUAGUGAAUAGAAAAUAAACCAUUGUUCAAAUAGGUGCAGACAUUUUUGAGCAUUACCGGGAUAUUAGUGAAAAGCUUAAGGUCAAGGUUUAAACUUGGUCACUUGCUACUAUCAUUACAUGCGUGUACCACCAAAUCCAUCGCUACUACCUCGUGUAAGCUGUAAAUAAGAAAUCUCUUCUUGAAUAUUAUGUUUCUGCCACACAUAUUGAUAUAUAACCAACUCCUAUGCAAUGGAAUGGAAGUGGAUAGUGCUUUGUAUUUAAGCAAUGACCGUGGGUAUCUAGGUUUUUGCUUAAAUAAGAAGCACUAUCAUGAUACUAUGUAGCACUCUCUGCCUAUGCAUCGUGCCAAAGAUCUAAGAAUAAAGUUUGUAACUUGCGUACCAGUAAACUAAUCUAUGACA